UUCACGUCCAUCAAACAACUCUUCUCGAUCUCUACAUCUCUCCAGCUCUCUGCAUAUAUAUGCUUCUAAACUAGCUAGCGAAUUAUUAAGCAAACACCCAAAAGAAACUUUGAAAAAUGGAUCAGUUGCCGAAAUGUGAAGCCAAUUAUACCCCUCUCACCCCUAUAACUUUCUUAAAGAGAGCCUCUGCUUUCUAUGCCAACCGCACCUCCAUCAUAUAUGAGGCUACCCGCUUCACGUGGGGGCAAACAUACGAGCGUUGUCGCCGGCUUGCUUCCUCUCUCCGUGCUCUCAACAUAGUCAAGAACGACGUUGUGUCUGUGUUGGCUCCCAACGUUCCAGCCAUGUAUGAGAUGCAUUUUGCAGUGCCUAUGGCUGGGGCUGUGCUUAACACUAUCAAUUCCCGGCUCGAUGCUAAAAACGUAGCCACCAUUCUCCGGCACUCUGAAGCUAAGGUGUUCUUUGUGGACUACCAAUAUGUCCAGGUGGCAGGCGAGGCUCUCCGGAUACUCGUGGGUGACUCGAAGGUACCCGAGUCGUCCAUUCCUUUGGUGAUUGUCAUCGAUGACAUUGACUCCCCCACCGGCGUCCGGCUAGGGGAGUUGGAGUACGAGCAACUCGUCCACAAGGGCAAUCCGAAGUACGUUCAUGCUGAGCUGGAGGACGAGUGGGAUCCGAUUGCUUUGAAUUACACGUCAGGAACCACGUCAGCGCCCAAAGGAGUUGCUUACAGCCACAGAGGUGCGUACCUUAGCACGCUUAGCUUAAUUCUCGGAUGGGAAAUGGGAGGCGAGCCGGUGUACCUGUGGACGCUUCCCAUGUUCCAUUGCAACGGGUGGACCUUCACGUGGGGCAUCGCGGCACGUGGCGGAACCAACGUGUGCCUCCGCAACACCACGGCCACCGACAUCUACAGGAGCAUUGCUAUGCACAAGGUCACCCACAUGUGCUGCGCGCCCAUCGUCUUCAACAUCCUCCUUCAGGCAGAGCCGAACGAGAUAACGUUAACAUCUCCGGUCCAAAUACUCACCGGAGGAGCACCCCCGCCGGCUGCGCUGCUUGAAAAGAUCGAGCCGCUGGGAUUCCACAUCACGCAUGCUUAUGGCCUCACCGAGGCCACCGGGCCGGCGCUCGUGUGCGAGUGGCAGAGGAAGUGGAACCAAUUGCCGCGCGACGAUCAGGCGAAGCUCAAGGCACGUCAAGGGAUUAGCAUACUGACGCUGGACGACGUGGAUGUAAAGGAUUUGAAAACAAUGGCGAGUGUGCCCCACGAUGGGAAAACUCUGGGGGAGAUAGUCCUACGAGGGAGCAGCAUCAUGAAGGGUUACUUCAAGGACCGAAAGGCCACGUCGGAAGCUUUCAAGGAUGGGUGGUUCGUAACAGGUGAUGUCGGCGUUGUUCAUCCAGAUGGGUAUUUGGAAAUAAAGGACAGGUCCAAGGACGUCAUCAUAUCCGGCGGCGAAAACAUCAGCAGCGUAGAAGUGGAGUCGGCGCUGUAUAAGCAUCCGAGAGUUCUGGAAGCGGCGGUGGUGGCAAUGCCGCACCCUCACUGGGGAGAGAGCCCCUGCGCCUUUGUCGCCAUCAGGAACAACUCGGCAGGUAAAACGGAGGACUUGAGAGAGGCAGAGAUCAUCUCCCAUUGCAGGAAAAAUCUUCCCCAUUUCAUGGUUCCGAAGAAGGUGGUGGUCCUGCCGGAGCUGCCAAAGAACUCAACGGGAAAGAUUCUGAAAAAUGAACUGAGAGCAAAAGCAAAAGAGCUUCUUGUCUCCGUGAAUCUUUCCAACAAGUCCAGCAAUGUCAAUCCACAACCAAUUCCUCCAUUUGGCGAGCAGAAUCUGCAGGCCUUUUCCCGUCUCUGAGAGUUUUUUUUACUAAACUCGGAAUAAAAAAACGUGUACAGUGUGCUUGCUUCUCUAAAUAUAAUGUAUUAUUUGUUUUGCUAUAA